GGGAAAUAAUCAAAAUGGCUGCCUCCAUGGGAUCUGAAAAAAUGAGUCGGCUAAUUAAGAAAAGAGAAGAAAUCGAAGCAGAAAUAAAAGCUUUAAAUGAAGUGUUAGACUCUCAAAAGUCUAUUGGUAUGGAUGGCCCAUUGAUCGACACAGAGGGGUUUCCAAGAGCUGACAUUGAUAUAUAUUCUGUGAGACAUGCUCGACAUCAAAUUAUAUGUCUGCAGAAUGAUUACAAAGACAUUAUGGACGAGAUUGAAGAGGAACUCUAUAGAAUACAUGCAGAGGCUAGACAGUCUGCUGGUGACAAAAAUAGCAGCCAAUCAGCAGAGAGCUUGGUGUCACAAGCGUCACGUGAUGCUGAAGCAAGGUCAAGGUUGCAGCCAAUCGGAACAGUUACAAAUAUAGAUGCGGGAUCACCUGCAGAUACUGCUGGUUUGAAAGUUGGUGAUGUUGUGAUUCGGUUUGGUUCACUAACCUCAGAGAACUUUCAAGGACUCCAAAACAUAGCCAACAUUGUGCAACACAGCAUGGAUAAACCUAUCCAGCUAACAGUAUUUCGAGAUUCAGAGGACACCCAGAUCUCUUUGACGCCCAAACGCUGGAAACCAGACAAGGGGCUGCUUGGAUGCAACAUAAAGCCCGUGACAAGUCGGUAACCUAGGAUUCCACCGGAACCACAUUCUGUUGUACAACAUUAAGCUAGUGACCAAGUGAUUAUCCAGGAUUUUACCCGAGCAACAAACUGUUGUCCUACAUUACAGACUCAUAAAACUUUGGUGAAACUGUUACUAUAUUAUUAAGGAAAAACAUCAUUUUGUACAUUUAAGUUGAUUUAACUGUUACGCUUUAUAAACUAUUCAUCGUUUCCAUGUUUGGCUGUUAUGUUGCCAUAGUCUUCAAUGGAGUUAUAAUAAAGUUGCAAUAUUUAA